CCCGCGGAUGGGUCAGCCAAACAGCAACAGCAGGAUUCGGCUAACGCUGAGGUCUAUAAGUUACAGGACUCUCUAGUGGCAAAUGUAGAUGUAUCCUACAUAAAUUUUUACUUCAAAUUACCAAUAAAUUGUUGCUCACCGACUCACCGAACUAUAUUAGUUUCGCACUCAGUCACUUCACUUUAGCUUAAUGGCCUGCCAAACAAAAUCUAUUCUUUAUGUUGUUGUAUGGGAAUGGCAAAACAGUAGGAAAGCUUGGAGGCCUUACUCACCUGAAGUGUCUCAGUUGUUAGAACGAGGCUUUCACAAGCAUCUUAGCUCUCUCCUGCUUGGUGAUGCUGACCCACGCCUCGCUCCAUACACAGUCAAUCUCUCCCUAUUGAAGCAAAUUCACUCUGAAACUGGUGAGACUAAAGAUGUGCGACGGACAUUCUUACAUCACCGGUCACCUCCUGGUAGUGGUGUUGUGUGGCAGUGGUGUGGAGGUGGUAGCAACAGUACCGAUGCUGGUUGUGAUGAUGGAGAUGCUGCUGAGCGAUGGCAUGACUAUGCCAUGCCUGUGCAAUGUGUUAUAGAAGAUGCCUGGGCGCAGGGAGCUCAAGUUGUGGACAUCUCUGUGCUCUUUGGGGAGUACAACUACGUCAUUGAUUUUGGAAAUCUCACUCAGGUAAAUUUGGGAAGCGAGACGCGAAGAGCUGUGAGACGCCAGAAGCAGGCAUCUUAUCCAGUAGCUCGGCCUCCCCAUGGCUAUACAUAUCCUGGAUAUAAUAUUCCUGGAUUUCCAACGUAUGACAGCACAAUUGGGCGCCGUGAACAGCGACUCAGACAACAGAAAGAAUUCCCUCGUGCCUUUACUAGCGCCACGACCGCCCACGUCAACAGCACCACUCCUGCUGCUCCUGUUGGUGCAGGCACUAGUGCUGCUAUCACUUCGAGCGCAGGGAUGCAGUGCUGGCAGCCUUCACAGGAUGACGAUGUUGUUGGCUCCUCCAGCUCUCGCGAUGAGACUUCGUUCAGUGACAGUGCAGACAGCGGCUCGUAUGUGCCUCCAAGAUUACAAGGCUUGACUAAGCCUCACGUCACUGACACUAUCAAGAGUAAACAUUUGUCCACUCAACCUGACUGUAUGGCUAAAAAUGAUAAAACAAAUUACAAACUUACAAGAAACUCAAAUAAGAAUGAAAAAUCGCAUUCAGAGAAAGACAAGAUAAGUUCAAAGAAGACACCAGAAGCAUCGAAGUCUUCAGGAUCUUCUUCCAACAUUCUAAAUAAGAUGCUGAACUUCGGUCUCCAUCAGUAUCAUAGCCAUCAUCAACCACAUACUUUGCCUGUCGAUCCUCGACCUUCGCCUGCCAUCACAGAAAAAAGUCCUCGUGAAUCCCCACCCGCCUUGCCACUACGCACUCACCCUCCUCUUCAAUGCUCCACUCCCCUCCCAAUGCAUACCAUGCAAACUCUGGCUGGUCUCGGUCGUGCGAACGAUACAACUUCUCGCGCGUGCAUCAACACUAGCGAACUCUCACGAAGUGUUUCUUCCAAUAACCCAUCGUUGGCUAGUGACCACAGCAAGCCAUCUGGGAGCAAAAACGCUCACUUCUUUUCUCGCAAACAUAGCAAAAAAUCAACUGCAGUUGAAGUUGAUUCCUCUGUCCGUGACAACGUCAUUAACGAACGUCGCGCCGACUGUGGUGCACAGACGGACUUGGAUACGUCGACCGACCCUCUUCUCUUGUGUAAACAUUCCUCCGAUGUUGGUCUUGGGCAUCAAGUUAGAGCUGAGUGGUCGGGUUUAAGGAAAGAUAGUGACUGCAUAAGGAUGCAAGAUAGUCGCCACCGCCCGGAUCCUGUGCCCCGAUCAUUGAUCCCUCCGACCCCUUUCCCUCGUACGCUUUUUCCUUCGUCACACUCACCUCCAUAUACCAGAGUUCCAGGACCAGAGCCAUCACCUUGUGCCACCUCGUGUUCGAUGGACAGCGUCAGCCUUGCAAGUGGUCGUAGGGCUUCCCUUGAGACUAUCAGCACCUACCUCAGCACUGACGACCGCCAGCCGUACCUGACUCACAACGCCAGUGAUUCAUGUGUUGCACAUCUUGUGGACUUCAGCAUGGAGGAGCCUGAAGUUUUCAGACUGUCCUUGGAUGGACAUGGCAGUGCAACAACUCUACAUUACACGGAACUAAUCAAGCAGUCAAAUAAAAUGCCAAGUAAACUACUGGUGCCAUAUUAUGGUAAUAAAGAAUAUGUGAGUAAUAUAACAUCAAACAGUUGCAAUUGUACUUGCAUUCAUGAUGAGAGUUCUAAGAAUGCUAGUCAGAACCACUCAUCUGAACACAAAUAUAGUGAUCACUGUUGUGGUUCAUCAUCCCAAGAACAACCUCAUUAUUGCGUAUCUAAGUAUUCCAGUCUUAGUUAUGCAUCUAGUGCUGAUAGUAAAUAUCCCUCCAAUGGUCCUUGCAAUGCCACACAAAUACCAAACCAUGUUGCUGAUUCAUUUAAUCAAAAUAUCUGUACAAAAGACUUGUCAAAUUUUAGUUAUCCACCACUGACUUCAGAUGCAAAAGAUCCAAGUACCAAUGGAAAUGAUAGUCAUAUUACAGCUUUACAGAACCUUCACUUGAGCAAUCCUGGCAAUUAUUUGGUGCCCAUAGAAAAAUGUUCAUUCAGAAAUUCUCCUAACUUGGCUCCAAGUUAUACCUGUAGAGAUGAAGGAGACACUGACGAUGAUGAUGUCUUCACUUCUGCUGAUCAGGAAGUGAGACAAGUGAUGAGUGCCACCAUAGCUAGGACAAAAGUUGUCAUACCUCCAAAAUUACCUUUGUCUAGCUAAGUUUUUCUAGUAUUAUAUAAAGCCAUUAGCUAUAUAACAUUAAGAUAUAGAGGUUCAUAUUUAGUGAACAUAUGCUGCCAUGUUCUUGACGGGAAUAUAGUCAGAAUGUAAUUCAUUUAUCAAUCAUGCUCUAACUUUUCCAGUAACGCUAAAUAAAUACGGUACGUAGUUUUUUUAGAAGUAACUAUGAAAUUUAUUUACUCUAUUUCCAAGUCAUUCUAUUGUUAUCUUACUUAUUUUUAAUGAAUUUGACUACCAUCAUGUAAAACGUAAUGGAAAAUGAAUAUUAACUAGUACAUUUGAACCAUUUUAUUGCCAUGACAAGCCCUAAUUACCAAAUUGAAUUUUUCCAGAGAAGUCAAUCAGAUUUUUCAGACAAUUCCUUUGUCGCAACUGCCAUAUAUCUCUACUAGGGUAUGUAAUGAAUAGUUAUUGAUGAAAUUACUGAAGUAUGGAGUGCAGUGAGAUAAUUUUACUUUGUGUUCUAUGUUCUGUUCCAUUUCAUUUAUAUACGAUUUUUCAUUUCCAUGUAUCACCUGCAAUGCCAUAUUUAAAUCUUUACUGAUUUUAAGCUUAGCCAGUGUAGUA